AUUGCCACCGUGUUUCGUCAACUAUUGAGAAUACGAUGGCGACCAAGUACCGGUUCGACGAACGGGUGGCGAUCGUGACCGGCGCGGGCGCUGGCCUCGGUCGUGCAUAUGCGCAUUUGCUGGCUGCACAUGGAGCCAAAGUGGUCGUGAAUGACGUGGGGCUGGCGCAAGGCGAUAAACCUCGACCAGCGGACCAAGUAGUUCAGGAGAUUCGCGCACAAGGUGGCGUGGCAGUACCCAACUAUGACUCUGUCGUGGAAGGAGCUAAGGUGGUGGCGACGGCAAUCGACUCCUUUGGACGGGUCGACAUCGUCGUCAACAACGCGGGGAUUUUGCGGGACCGAGCGUUCCACAAGAUGACCCGUGGCGAAUGGGAUGCCGUGAAGAGUGUCCACCUCGAUGGAACAUUUGCCGUCACCCAUGCGGCGUGGCCACACAUGCGAGCUCAGAAGUAUGGCCGCAUUGUCAACAUCACGUCUGUGAACGGCUUAUACGGCCAAGCGGGUCAAGCGAAUUACGCUGCCAUGAAGGCUGGUAUUAUCGGGUUCACGAAGGCGCUGGCCAAGGAAGGUGGGAGGUCCAACAUUAAAGUAAACGCGGUGGCUCCGGGGGCGGGGUCCAGCAUGACCGCAACGGUCCUUCCGGAAGAAGUGGUAAAGCAGUGGAAGCCAGAGUACGUGGCCCCUACAAUUGCCUACCUAUGCCAUGAGAGCGCUCCAUGCACGGGCUCUGUGUUUGAAUCGGGCGGUGGAUGGGUUGCCCAAGUUCAGUUUACGCGGGCGGAAGGCCACUUCUUCAACUUGGACAAACCCAUCUCCAUCGACGCUGUGGCGGAUCAAUGGAAGGACAUCACGGACUUCUCCAAGGCGACGAACCCUGAGCUAGACGAGGUGACGCCGCAACUCAAGCAGAUCAUGUCCAAGAUCUAACAUCUAACGGCCUGCACCAUCGAACGAGCCGCGGUCGAGACGCCGAAACCGCCUAGAUAAUUUUAUCCACCAAUGGGAGCUCGCAAUUUCAUCAACAACGUCCCUCCAGCGUAAUUGGAACAUUUUUUGCAAAUCAAUUCCUGAA